AUGGUAGGUGUGGAUGUGUCGCGGCGGCGGCUGCAGGCACGUCGGAGGGUCCGGACCCAUCGCCGCGUCCAGCCUCCGCGCCAUGCGGUGACGCCCCCCGCCCGCGCCCGCAGACACCCGGACCCAGCGACACCGGGACCCAGCGACACCGGGACCCACCCCAAGAUGCCGAGGGCCACUGCCCUGCUGUUCUCUGUCCUGCUGCUGGCUGCUGCCCUGCCCGCCACCCCGGGGCUCAGGGCGCCGCAGCGCAAGGACAAGCGAGGCUGGACCCUCAACAGCGCCGGCUACCUCUUGGGUCCACACGCCAUCGACAACCACAGGUCCUUCCCGGAUCAGAGCAGCCUCGCGGGCAAGCGGGAGCUGCAGCCUGAGGAUGACGGGAGGCCUGGGAGCUUCCACCGGCCGCUGGCCAAGAGCGAUGCCGUGCGCACCGUCCUCGAGCUGCUGGACAUCUUGCGUGUCAGAGAUGCCCGCGUCCCGGGGAGCCCACCCGAUGUCCCCUCGGCUGUUCCCGACGACAAGGCACUGGCCUGAGGACGGUCAGGCCACGCUCGCCGGGCGUGCGUGUGGGGUUGGACUGGACACCGACGACAGUCCUCAGCUGGUCCCUGCGGGGCGCGCCCUCCCCUCCUCUCAGCUUUGACCUUUCCCUUCGUUAU